GGAGUCAACGCAAGGGCCAUUACAUCUAAGCCAUUGUCGUCAUUGCUGCUUAAUUUAAUCUGAUAGUUUACGUCAGAAAAGACCGCGGAGGACAAUCUUAACUCAGCACAGGUGAAAGUUUGCUGUCAGACAAGCUAGAAAAAUACAUGAGCAAUUCAAUUUGAGAAGAGGAGAAUAUGUGUCGUGUCUUCAUUGUGUUGAUACUGGAGUUCAUUCAGAUUCAGAUUUUUAUGCAUUCCAUGGCCAUGAAUAGAAUGUAUUUAUUCAUUCAUUUUAGGUUAUAUUGCUUGACUUAUCAUAAAACAUGAUUUGUUUUAAUUUCUAAACACAAUUGCAUACAUUAUUUAAAGUAGGACUGGGGACAAUUGCUGGGGUAAAAUAUUUCAACUACAAUUUAGAUUUUAAAUUAUAUAUAUAUAUAGACAUGAAAACAUGUCAUUCUUUAUUAAUCUGAAUCAUCUAAGUAAAAAAAAAAGUUCACUAAAAUCAAAUUACUGCUAAUAGGGAAAUGGGAAAACUGUUGUGAGAGCAGACCUCACGUCUGAGAUCUCAGCUGCAUGCAAGCCAUUAAUCCGAUCCAGGCUCUCCAAACGUGAUUCGUCGUAAGACGAUUCGCGGAGACAGACAGACAAGUUCAUCUCUGUUAAAUCGCGAUGAGAAGACUUUGACCCCCACAGCGACCUGGGCCAGUCUGAGCACGGAUGCUGUCUGGGACCGUUCUGAGACCGAACCAAGGGAAAUUGAUCCACCGAGCCGUAUACACCAUGUUGAAGGGACGGAACGUGGUAAUAAAUAUAAACAAAGCUACCUACACAAAAAUCGAAGAAAACAGUGAGAAGAACACAUCAGAGAAAGGCAGGACGACAAUCAUAUUCUCCCUGAAGAAUGAAGUUGGAGGACUGGUAAAGGCACUUAAACUCUUCCAGGAAAGCCACGUCAACCUUGUUCACAUCGAGUCUCGGAAAUCCAAACGACGCAACUCCGAGUUUGAGAUAUUCGUGGACUGUGACAGCAACCACGAGCAGUUGAACGAGAUCAUCCAGCUGCUGCGAAAGCAUGUGAAUGUGGUGGAAAUGGAUCCUCCUGAUAACUCCUGUCUGAGCGAGGGAGACAUGUAUAAUGUCCCAUGGUUUCCCAAGAAGAUCGCUGACUUGGACAAAUGUGGAAACCGCGUUCUGAUGUACGGAUCUGAGCUGGAUGCUGACCAUCCGGGUUUCAAGGACAAUGUCUACCGAAAGCGAAGAAAGGAGUUUGCAGAUCUUGCCAUGUCCUACAGACAUGGGGAUCCAAUUCCUCGUAUUGAGUUCACAGAGGAGGAGGUGAAGACGUGGGGUGUUGUGUACAGGGAGCUCAACAAGUUAUAUCCCACCCAUGCCUGUCGGGAGUACUUGAAGAACCUGCCACUGCUGUCCAAGUUCUGUGAAUGUCGGGAAGACAACAUUCCUCAGCUGGAGGACGUCUCACGCUUUCUCAAAGAACGCACCGGGUUCACCAUCCGGCCUGUUGCAGGAUACCUCUCCCCACGUGACUUCCUGGCAGGUCUGGCCUUCCGUGUCUUCCACUGUACCCAGUAUGUGCGGCACAGCUCCGAUCCCCUAUACACCCCAGAGCCAGACACAUGCCACGAGUUGCUGGGUCACGUCCCAUUAUUGGCUGAGCCCAGCUUUGCUCAGUUCUCUCAGGAGAUUGGCCUUGCUUCACUUGGUGCUUCUGAUGACUCUGUGCAAAAACUGGCCACAUGCUACUUCUUCACAGUGGAGUUUGGCUUAUGCAAACAGGAAGGGCAGCUGCGAGCUUACGGGGCAGGUCUGCUGUCAUCCAUCAGUGAGCUAAAACACGCACUCUCUGGUAAUGCAAGGAUAAUGCCGUUUGACCCUAAAGUUACAUCCAAGCAAGAAUGCAUCAUCACAACUUUUCAGGAAGUCUACUUUGUGUCAGACAGCUUCGAGGAGGCCAAAGUCAAAAUGAGGGAGUUUGCCAAGACCAUCAAGCGCCCCUUCACUGUCCGAUACAACCCCUACACUCAGAGCGUGGACGUGCUCAAAGACACUCCCAGCAUCAACAGUGUGGUGGAGGAACUUCGACAUGAGCUUGACAUUGUUGGGGACGCUCUCAACCGGCUGAACAAGCAGCUGGGUGUCUGAAUGUUUAUCACCUCUAGAUCAUCAUCAUUCUUGAUGUCCCACUGCUGCAGAGUUGCGCCUUUCCCUGCAUGUUUUGUAGCAUUGGUUUUCCUCUCACAUUUGUGAUGCUGUUUAACUGCUGUGAUCUGCACGAACCCAAAGAGCUGCUUAUCCAUCACUGCUUUAGUACCACAAAAGGAAGACAUACUGUAAAUAAGUGGGUCAUGCGAAUUGCUCACUCCGUUUAUGUAUAUAAUCACGACCUGCUUUUUUUCCAUUAUUCUUCCUCAACUUAACCGCUUCUUCAGUGCAUAUGUACACUUUUGUAUGGGCCAUGUGUCACUUUAAUUUGUAUGUGCUGUCUGGAAGAAGUUCAGAAGGUGGCGACUCAUUGCCAAUGUCAUGAUUUGCCCUUGAAAAGUUUAAAAAUGUUUUAAUUUCACAGUGAUCAUUUGUAAAAAGUAAAAUGUUUAAUUUGAUAUAAUUGUGUUAAUCAUUGAAUCUAAUUAUUUUUAUACUGUAAAGAUAUAAAUGUACUAAAUG